AUGGUGAAAGAUGCAAAGCUCUGGGAUCAGAUCCGAGCGCAGUAUGCCAAGCUGCAGGAAGAUGAGGCCGGCGCAGAGCUCUUCCCAUCUCCAAUUGCUACCAGUGAGCCCAGCCCAUCUGUAAGCACAGCAGCGAGCCCGGUGGGGGCCCCUGUUCCGGGAGAUGUCGGGAUGAAGAAGUCACGGUUCUACGAGGAUGGACUGCAGAGCAGGCACUGGGUGCUUGCCUGCUGCUCGAUGAUGGUGAUGUGCGAGUGGCUGGACCGCACCGUGCUGUCGAUCUCCAUGCAGUCUAUGAAGGAGGACUUUGGGCUCACAGACUCCCAGGUAGGGAUCCUGGCGUCCGCAUCUUUGUGGGUCGUGCCCCUGGCCACUGGGCCUGUGGGCCGCCUGUCCGAUCACGUUCCAAGAGCGAGGCUCAUAGGUGCAGGGGUCUUUGGCUGGGCCGCUACAACCUUUGCUACGGGGAGCUCCAGAUCCUUUGAGGUGACAUUGUUCUGCAGGCUGCUGGCGGGUGUGGCCAACUGUGCUGGGUAUCCUGUGACGCUGGCCCUGCUUUCUGACCAUUUCGCAGCUGAAGAGAUGGCCACAGCCAUGGGCUACUAUCACGCUGGAAGUGCCUUUGGUGGCCUCCUUGGCUUUGCUGCUGGAGGCGCCCUGGUCACAUCAAAGGGCUGGAGAUGGGCCUUCUGGGGCGUUGCCUCUCCGCAAGUUAUCGUUGCCCUCUUCUUCUGCUUCACUGUGCCGCAGACUGCGGAGGAGGUGCCUCCUACAGAGGGUGUCCUCUCUGAUGUGCGGGAGCUGCUUGGCCUACGCCCUCUAAGGCUGCUCAUGCUGGGUGCCAUGUCUACCGGGUUGCUAUCGGGUCAAGGGCGAUUCUUGUCCUCCUUUGUUGAGCGACGGCACGGUGUGGAGCCAGCUCAGAUUGGCUUGGUCAUGGGCCCUGUGCUGGGCGUCACUGGGGUUGUCAGUGCUUUCGUUGUAGGCCACCUCGUUGACCGCGCCUUUCGCUGGAAGGGGGAUCUUAGGGUCAACCUUUGGUGUGCAUCAUUUGGAGAUACAAUUGGGGUGCUUUGUGGGAUGUCUGCCAUUAUGGCGCCAUCUUUCGAGCUUCUAACGCUCUUCACAGCUUUAGGUGUAGUGGUUGGCUGCCUGAGGCAGGGUGUGCAGACAGUUGUUCAGAGAUUGGGUACUGGCAGGCGAGGAACUGUCCAAGGUAUGCUGGAGAUGUGUUGGUCUGUUGGUAUGGGCAUCGGCCCCUUCCUCGCCGGGGCUAUCAGCGACUUCAAUCUGAGCCCAGGUUGUGAUGACGCUUGCGCACUCUCCUGGUCACUGCUUCUGUUUGGCAGCUGUAGCCUCCUGAUGCGUGCUGCAUGCAACUUCGCUGCAUCCAUGUACCUCUCCGACAUACAGACUCAGACCGAAGGUCGGGCUGUUGCUGCAUCAUCCGCUCCCCCACAAGUGGUCGGCAGGACAUGUCACUAG